UCUACCGGAAACGAAAUCAGCCGGAACAACUUCAUCCUACUUCGAAACGCCAAAGGCACCGACAGCGGUCACAUUCUUCUUCGAACUGAUGCACUGACCCACACGAAAAAUAACAUUAUCCUAGAGGACUCGGAAAGUGGAAAGAUCGGGCAAAUACUAAUUCAGCAGAGCGAAAUCAAGAAGGGGGUACUAGUUCAGUCGGUAAAACGGUUAAGCUCUCCAAUAUUUUUGUUGAGCGGUGGCGACAGCGGUAACGGCCAUAUUCUUAUACAAACUGCAGCACCUACUGAAGAAGCUAGACAUCAGCCCACGGUCGAAAUAGAAGAUGGCAGCGACAACAUUUUGGUACAAGCGUUGGAGGGAAUACAAGACAGCGAUUCACCCAGCAGUAGAGGACUCUCGACACCGAUUGGUUCAGAAACUCACAUUAAUCACAUGGUCGGUUGUAGUCCCUAUAAUCUGUGGAGCACAAAGCCCAAACUCGAUUACAGAAGAAUGCAAGGAAACCCUUUAUACAUCUAAGCCAACUGUCUACGAAAAAUAUUUAGAUAUGCCUAAGAUAAAAUGGCGUUGUCAGAAUAGUUGCGGUCCCUCUAUUGGUGAAGUAUUUCUGAGAUAUUUUGGAUUGACAUCUUUACACUUCAAUGAUGAAGACAUUCAAAUGGCCUUAUUGCCUCUGAUGUACAAAACCUCUGCCUACCGUCUUCGACUACGUAUCGUGGAUAUUGUUAACAAAAUUAUUAAAGACAGAAACUUGACCAAUGGCAAACUAUAUUCGGAGGCUUAUGUAGAAAACAGGCGGCAAAUUCCAGGCCGUUUAGCUACGAUUUACAGAGAGAUGUAUUAUUUAAUAAGUCGAAGCCUUGAACAUGAUAUGCCGGUGGCUCUAUCCAUAGACAACGGUUUUAAUUGCAUGGUGGUACAAGGAUUUCAAUAUGGCGGAUCCUUUGAUACAGUAAACUACACUUACGUGGAUCCCCGAACAGGGAAUUCAAAAACAGAGUCAGUUGAGAAGUUAAUGGGUCAAACUGCAAAAACUAUAGGCGACAUUUACCUAAUGGUCUACAAUCCCCCAUUGACUGAUGAUGAAACUGACUUUACAGCUUGUUCUGAACUGUUAAAUAUAUCUAAUUCUAUAAUAACAAUGGAACCAUUCGCGCAUCUGAAUCAUAGUAAACCUAACGGUAUUUGUCCCCCAGGUUUAAACUAUCAUCACGUAAUAACACAAGGCGAGGAUUUUUUUGUCCUUAAUCACACUGACUUUAAUCCAGAUGAAAUCAAAGUUGGACUUUCCUUAAAAACUGCGUUAGGUAUCGAAAAAAUAUACUUCGAAGUCAGCGACACCGAGUUCAAGAAGUAUUUAAGAACACUGUUCAAAACAGUCCGACAAACCACUGGCACCGGUCUGUUUGGGUCUAUUCAAAAACAAGACCACGAUGUUAUGGUGGAUUACAUGUUUGAACACUACGCAUAUUUUCAUUUUGCGAUCAGACGUUUGGCAAAAGAUAAAAGAUUAAAUUUGCUUGAAGUUGCAACGAACCGAAACAGAGUUUUUGAUCCAGCCAAAAUAAAAGCCAUAUACAAAUGUUGAGAUUAUUCUAUACAUAUAAGUUAAAAUUAAGAUACGAAAAAAUGAUAAGUUUGGUAUAAAAGCUAAUAUGGUCCUUUUCAGAGGCAUUUUUCAGUGCGUCACAAGUGAGAGAAAAAAAAGGUAAGUCCGUGAUAACACAGGUUAUGGAUAAUACACAUUUAUAACAUGACAUUUUAGUUAAAUCUGACAGUGACAGUUGUCAGAAUCGUAAUCAAGAAUCAGCCAAAUAUGAAAAGGGUAUUGCAGUAUAACCCUUUUAUUUGCAAUUUGGUAGUAAAACAAAUCAAUUACUGUUUACUGCAUUUAUAAAAUGGUAUUUUCUUUGAUUUGUAUAGUCCUAUAAAUUGUACAGUCGUAUAUAUAAUUCGUAAAUCAUUUUUUGUUCGAUUAUAGCGCCAUCUAUCAACAGCUAGAAUAAAUGUUAGAAAUGACUGUAAUCACGGAAGUACGUUUUUCUAUGGAUGCUAUACAAUGUGCAACUUCUCUCACUACUUACAUACAUUCAAAAUUAACAAUUUCUCAGGCAGUGAGAAAAGUCGGCCAUUGCAGUGAGAAAUAAUUUUUCUCACAGAUUCACCGCCGGUUUACAUACAUAUGAUCGCCAUUUCCAUGGUAACAUGCACAAUACAAACACAAUUAUUUUUGUCAAACAAAAUGGGUUCAAACUUGUCAAAACUUAUCAAAAAUUACCUUUUAAGACUGUUCAACUGAGAAUUAUAAUUUUAAAUAAAUAAACUAUAUAAAUAUUAAGAAUAUUAAAUACCUAUGUGUAUAUAUGUAUUUUUCCGCAAAUCGCCAGGAAAUUUUGACAUUCCUGUCAAAAUUUCUUGAAGAAAAAGUCAGGACUUCCUUACUGUAACGAAAAGUCAUUUCCUUACUGUAAGGAAAUGAUAUUUCCGUACAGUUGUUAGUGUUCUACAUAAAUGAUAAUUCAACCUCAAUACGUUUCCAUAGUAACCCAAGUAAUUUUAUUAGGAAUUUCAAAGCACCAUUUAUUUGGGAAUAAAAUUAUCGCGUUUUUUUAAAAUCAAUCAAUAUCUGUCGAAUUUUAAACGAUUUGCGGAAAAAUAGUAUGUUUACCUCGUAGGAAAAGCCACAUUCCUAGACUCUGUGUUGCUAAGUCUCGGCUUGCGCCUCGACUUAGCAAUCUUCACAGUCGUCCAGGAAUAUUAAGCUUUUCCUACCCGGUAAACAAUGUACUAUUAUUUCAAUUUAGGCAUAUAAUAUAUCUAAAAGCACCUAAAUUAUUUAAUUUUGAAGUUUGAACUAUUGACAAAAACGCAUCCAUAGAAAAAGUACAGUGUCCAACACGAGAGAAAAUGACAAAUUUCUCUCUCGCUUGAUUUGCGCAACAAACUUCUGCGCUCGUGAGAAAUAUGUCUUUUUUCUCUCUUGUUGUACAAUAUACUAUUUUUCUGUCGCUUCCAGCUUAAUGCGUUAGAAAUAAAUCGAAAACGUGUGACGCACUGAAAAGAGCCUAUGAGAAAGAGAUAACCUAUAGGUACAUGGUGUAACAAAAUGGUUGGUCACACUUUUUUGCGGCGCCUUUAGUUUGUUCACGUGAAUGAAAAGUCUUGAAGGGUACUUAAAAGGUUAGAGCUCUUUUUUUGUUUUAGAAACCGUUUGGUGUUAUAACCGUUUUUUACACCGUUCCAUAUAGUCCAUUCUUUCACGGUUUUUGCUCUAAAUUUUAAAGAACCGCUUGGAUUGACAUGAAAUUUGGCAUACGUAUAGCUUACGUAUCAAAGAAAAAAAGUGAUAUUGUGCCGAUGUGUGCUUUUGCCUUGGGGGUGACUUUCACCUCCUCUUGGGGGUGAAAAAAUAUAUGUCCAAAAUAAGUCCGGAAAUGGGUAAACUGACUAAUUUAAAGUAACUUUUGUUCUAUAGAGCUUUUUCACCAAGUCAACACUUUUUGAGUUAUUUGCGAGUGAAUAUGUUCAUUUUUCAAAAAAAUAACCACAUUUUUAGACGGUUUCUCGCAAAUAACUCAAAAAGUUAGUAUUUUGUCAAAAAAACGUUCUUAGCAAAAAUAUAGCCUAUAAAAAAGUAAAAAAAAAUGGUGUACGCGUUAGGUCUCUGGAUCUCGCAGAACCAGAGUUAUAGCCAAUGAAAAGUAGAUUCAUAUUCACCAAAUUUCAAAUAGAAUAUUUCGACGUAAAAUAUCCAAAAAAUUAAGCACUUUUCCAAAAUUGUUAGAGAUACCAAAAAUCUCGAAAAACAAAAAAAGUCAGAUUUGCUUUUCUGAAUAUCAUGUAUUUUUUUGUUUUUCUGUUAAACAAAAAUUGAUUGAGAUUUGGUGUUUCGAAAUUUGCAUACAUUCGUGAUCAGUGACUCGUUCAAACCCCUUUUAACUACAGCCCUUUCAAUAAUAAGGACUUUGAACCGAUGAAACUUACAGAUCAUAUAAACAAUAUAUACACGAGUCAAGAAACGUGUGAAGUCGUAACGAUUAAGUUCAUUUAAGAUACUAAUUAGGGGUGAUUUUCUCGAUUUUUUUACCAAAACCAAAAGAGACUAACUUUAUUUUGAGCGUAACUUGUUUAAUUUUGAUGCUAGAAUUUUUUUUUUUUUUUUAAACAAAAAUGAAGCUUUUUUUAAACUCUUUAAAUAAGAUGUAAUAACUAUUCCCCGAGAUGUGCUUCAUUUUUGGUUAUUUCACGUUAAAGUAUUCCAUUUGGAAUUUGACGAAUAUGAACCUAUUUUUCAUUAGCUAUAACUCUGCUUCUACUAGGUGUAGAGACGUGAUAUAUACACCAUUUUUUUAAAUUUUUUACAGGCUAUAUUUUUGCUAAGAAUGUUUUUUCGACAAAAUACUUACUAUUUGAGUGAUUUGCGAUUAACCGUCUAAAAGCAUGGUUAUUUUGUUGAAAAAAUGAACAUAUUCACUGCCAAAUAACUUGAAAAGUAUUGACUUAGUGAAAAAACUCUAUAGAACAAAAGUUACUUAAAAUUAGCCAGUUUAUCGAUUUCCUGACUUUCUUUGGACGAAUAUUUUUUCACCCACAAGAGGGGGUGAAAACCACCCCCAGGGCAAAAGCACAUAUCGGCACAAUAUCACUUUUUUUCUUUGACUUGUUAGCUAUGUGUAUGCCAAAUUUCAUGUCAAUCCAAGCGGUUCUUUAAAAUUUAGAGGUUUUGCAAUAUUUUACCGUUAAAGAACGGACUAAUAUAAUCAGAUUUUCUUUGACUGAAAGUGAUUAGAAGUAAAUAUUCAACCAAGCACAUGUGCUCAUAGCGAUUAUUAAUUGUACAUUAAAUAAUAAUUCACCAAAUAGCUUAUCAACAAAAUAAAACUGCAUCGCUUAAAACACAGGUUUAAAUAAACAUUUAUGUUUGAUUGUUUUUAUUAAUUGAUGAAUGCUCAUUUAAUGAUUAAUUUUUACGAAUACAAAGGUUUUGACCAAAAUUAAUGAAGACACUCCCAUUAUUCAUGCUUUUUCUUCUUUUUAGAGUUAUACAUACUUCUUCUGCCGCGAUUGGGAAAAAUGUUGAGAGUGAAUUUUUAUACAAACGACAGUAAAGUACGCGCACACCGACAAGAUACCUAAAAACGACAAUCUGAAGUUAGUUGAUAAAUCUUUCAAGUUACGUAUGUAUCAUUGAAAAUCGAGUGUGAAAAAAAUAUAUUGUUAUUUUUAGUAAAUAUAUUUAUUAUAAUUUUUGUGUUUUUGGAUUUGUCUUCGUCGGAAAUAGAGUAUUUUCUAUCUGACAACGCAUUCAUUCAACUCAACAAAAAUUCAAUGAACAAAAUGAUAAAUGAACUAAAAACUAACAUCUCAAAUGCUACAAAUUUAUUUCAAGAAUCUAGAAUCAACCCAAAAACUUUGAGUUCUAGCAAUCCUUCAUUGCCACGACUCUACGGUCUUCCCAAAAUCCAUAAGGUCAAUGUUCCAAUAAGACAUGUAGUCAGUUUUGUCAAUACUCCACUAGCUCCAUUAGCCAAAUUUACCCUUCUCCAAAAACACCCUUCUCCAGCAUCUUCUUAAUUAUACUCCGAAAUAAACUAUCAAAAACACUCUUGAUUUAAUAUCCAAACUUUCUUCAACUAACCUUACAAACAAUUUUACUAUGUCACAAUAAAACACUGAAAAACGUUUGUUUUUCUAUACUUCCACAAAAUUUAUUACAACUAUGUUAUUACUAGAGCGGUUUCGGCAAAGUACCUUUCUCAAGGGUCGAAACAGCUCUAGUAAUAACAUAGUUGUAAUAAAUUUUGUGGAAGUAUAGAAAAACAAACGUUUUUCAGUGUUUUAUUGUGAGAUAAAAUGAACUACCAUCAAGUAACGGUCGAAUCCAUCAAUUUUACUAUGGUCUCUUUUGACGUAACUAAUCUUUUCACUAAUGUUCCUAGACUAGAAACCAUUCCAAUUGUCAACAAUCUUCUAAGUUCAAAGAACAUAGACCCUAACAAAUGUUCUCAAAUCACCUCACUACUUCAAUUUUGCCUUUCUCAAGAUUUCUUCAUCUUCAACAACAAAAUUUACAGACAACCAGAGGGUCUAGCAAUGGGAAAUCCUUUAUCUCCACUACUUGCAGAUCUUUUUCUAGAUUCUCUUGAAAAUACUUUUGUCCAUUCACAUUCACACAUAAUUCUAUGGUACAGAUAUGUGGAUGAUAUUUUAGCAUUUAUAGAAGGUCCUCCUUCAACCUAACAACAUUCUUUCAAUAAUUAAUAACCUACAUCCAGCAAUUAAAUUCAGAUUAGAGCUAGAAACCAACAACAUGAUCAAUUUUCUAGACCUAACCAUCAAAAAGAAUAUUCAUCUUCCGUUUCUUUAUCUUCUACUACUCUAGAAUACUCAGUAUUUAGAAAACCUACUCAAACUGACCAUAUUAAUACCCAUAUCAUCUAACCAUC